UGUUUUACGUUUGGUAUUGAAACAUUUUCGUCCGAAAUUUUAUCGUCGUAAUAUGGGAAAUCGAAUUGGAAAAUUGUUCGGUACGAUCUUUUUACCACAUUUUCCUCAUAAUUUUCAUUUAAUAUGGGAACCGAUUUACCUCGUAUUUUUCAAUGUUGUUCAGUUUAUGUUGUAAAAUUAUUUCUUUUUUUCAUUUCAUCCAUAGUAAUUGUUAAGAUAAUAAUCACUGUGCAGUACCUAUAUAACGAAUAGAGUACAGAGGUUUCUCGAUGUAUUGUUACGUACUGCUUCAAUUUUUUAGUUGAGUGAUUUUGUUCACAUUGUUAAUGAUGGUCAAUUGCAUCUCAAUGGGUCAUAUCAAAAUAGUUGUUCAGUGAGAGUGUACGUACACGUUUGUUAUAUUUGCUGUUAGAAAUGGGUGACUGUUGUUCGCGAUCAGGAAGCGAAGAUAUCACUGCCGUACCGAACAAACCGAAAAAGGAAAACAGUACGCCAUCAUCGAAUGUAACAAAGACUGUACCGCCAACCGUUGUAAAGCCAGUGCCAACUCCAACGGUUACGUCGGAAACGGUUACAAAGGAUACCGUGGCACCCGAGGUUUUAGAAACGAAAAGCUCAGCAGUUGUAACAAAUUCAGCUCCGACGACAGAUGUCGAAUCUCGCAAUACAGAAACAAGUGCCACCCAUUCCGCACCGGACAACGCUAAUGAAUUGCCAGCAUUCCUAAUUGUUCUGCUUAAAAAAAUUGCCGAACAGGAAGGUUUCACAGAUUAUACGUUCGAAGUUAGUGCUGGUUCUAAUCAUGCUGACGGCUUUUUGGCGGUAAUAAAACGAGUCAUAGUGUCCGGUUCCCGAAAUGGUACAGCAGAUAAAUUGCCAUUGAUAUGCAAACUUAUGCCCACGUCGAAGGCUCGCCGAGAACAGUUCAACUCCGAUGCCGUUUUUAUUCGUGAGGCUUUCAUGUACAGCAAGCUGUUACCGUUGUUCGCCGAAUUCCAAAAGGAGAAAGGAUUGAGCGCUACAGACAGUUUCUGCGAAUAUCCGAAAUGCUACGGAACAUUGGAUGAUAAGCAGAACGAUCAUUUUGUCAUUGUGUUGGAAGAUUUAAAGGCUAGCGGGUAUCUGAUGUUUGACAAGUUGAAAGCUGCGGAUUUCAAUCAUGUGAGGCUGUUUGCCGAAAGUUUGGGUAAAUUCCAUGCCGUUUCGUUUGCUCUUAAAGACCAACGUCCAGAAGUCUUUGCCCAAUUCAAACCCCUGCAAGAUGUCUUUGUUCAACAAGUCUUAGACAAACCGGAAGAAAUGGGCCAAAUGUUCGCAUUCUUCUUUGAUAAAGCGAUAGGUGCAUUGAAACCAGAAGAUACAGCGGAAAUAAAAGCUAUGACCGAAUUAAAGGCAAAUACCAUGGAAGAAUUGAAGGCAACUGCAUCAGGAGAAGCAGCCGAACCAUUUUCUAUUGUCAAUCACGGCGACUGUUGGAACAAUAACAUGAUGUAUGUCUAUGGAAGUGAGAGCGACAUACCGGUGAACAUAUCCCUGCUGGACUUCCAAAUAAGCAGAUACAGCUCACCGGCACUGGAUUUGGUCUAUUUCUUAUUCUCAUCGACAGAUAAAACCCUGAGAGAUAGCUACUACACAGAAGUUAUUCAAUUGUACCACAAAGCGCUGUCGACGAAUCUAACUAAGUUGGGCAGUGAUGCGGAAAAAUUAUUCUCAUUCAACGACCUACAGGACCAACUGAAGAAGUUCGGACGUUACGCAUUAAUCAUUGCUCCGAUGUUACUGAACAUUAUAACCAGCAAGCCAGACGAUAUUCCUGAUUUAGAUAAUUUGGCUGAGGAAUUUAAGGACAAAUCCAUUGAGGAGGGUAUGAAAGCGUUCAUAAACGAUUCUGCAAAUGAUAAGUUCAACGGACGAAUGCGUGACGUUAUUCAAGAUGUUAUUAGAUUAGGAUAUUAUGACAAACAAUAAAUAAAAGUCACUGCACCAG